AUGAAUAUAUUUUAGAUUUUCAAUUGGUUUUCUUUUUUGGAAAUUAUCUCUUCUUAAUCCCUAUAGAACUUUAAUUAAAACUAUUAAUAAAAGGAGUACAAUUUAGACCUGAAUGCUUUAUUAAUAGAAGAUUGUGGGGUAUUCACUGGAAUAUGGUCUAAAUAUAAUCCUUUAGGUAUAACAUAAUAAAUAGGACCUGUUGGAUUAAUGGAUAGUAAUUGCUUUCAUUUACAAAGCUUAAUUGGAAAAUCAUCAAAUAGUUUGGAAUAAAUAAAUUAUGAUUGCCUUUUCCCAGAAAAUAAAAGUAUCAAAAAAUUUGUAUAAUUUAACACUUAAGAUGGCCAAUAACAUUUAUAUUAAAUAGAAAUAAACCCUUCUGAGUAUGAAAACGUUUGGUAUUUAUUUGAAUUAUUAUACUAUCCUUAAAAAGGGAUUUCAGAAUUCAUAAUAUUAAAAGAAAAUUAAAUCUUGAUGUAUAAAAAAGUAGACACUCUUCUUUUUUAAGAAAAUAAUUUAAAAUUAACUAUUGGAGGUAGUCUCAUUGUACAAAAUUCAAAUAUUAAAUCAAUAGAGGUAGGGUCAAAAUUUUCAUAUUUUCCAGGGAAAAUGUAUCAGAUAAGUUUAAGGCCUUGUGAACUAUCUAACUUUGAAUUAGAAUAAGGGAUUAUAUUAUAUGAGAAUUAUUUUGAUGAUGUUGCUGAAAUUGAAUGUGUACCGAUGAUAAAUUCUAAAAUAGAAGAUUAAUAUUUAUUUUGGUUAGAUCAAAAAUAUUAUAUUUCAUAAUAAUUAAACAUAGAUUCUUUUAUAUUGACUGGGUGGUUUAGAAUAAAAAAAAUACAUCAAAUUGAUAAUGAGUUUACAUAUCAAUUUUUAAAAAUGAGUAAGAAUACUAAAUUUGAACAACUCUCUAAUCCUAAUUUAUCCCCAUUUUAAUUGUUCUAUAAAAUAUCUCCAAACAAUAAUAAAAUAAUAUUUACAACUUAUAGUUAUAAUUAUCCAUCUGUUACUUUAGAUUUUACUAAUAGUGAUAAUAAUAAUAUAAUUAGUGAAGAAUUUGAUAUAAAUGAUAAAAUUACUCUAUGGCACAGUUUAUUUGUUAAUUUAUAAUAAGAUUAAAUUUACAUUCAAAUUAAAUUUUUUGAAUAGUAUGAUGUAUUUGAAUAUUCUACUUCUAUUUAAGUUAAAUAAUUCCGUUUUGUAUAAUUUUAAAUAGAAUAUGGAAAUUUAAUGAAAUCAAUUAAUAAUUAUCUAGAUAUUCAAAUUAGAAAUAAUAUAUUUUAUAAUUGUUAAUAAUUAAUAGAAUAUCAAAAUUGUCAUUUCUCAUGUUAAGAUUGUGAUGGUCCUACAAAUACAGAUUGUUUAUCAUGUUCUGAAACAUCAUAAAGAAUAUACAUACCUGAACAUAAAGCCUGCAUUUGUCCUUAUAAUUAUUUAGAUGAUUAAAUUAAUUAAAAUUGUCUAUCAUUUUCUGAUUUAUCAUUUGAUAUUAAAGAUUUAUAAUAGGAUAAUAAAUGUAAAUUUGGUUAUUUUGAGUAUGAUGAUUCAUGUUAUUCAUGGUAAAUUAUUUAUUUAUAUAUAGUCCUUCAAUUAUUUCUGAUAAAUUAAUUACAUGUUUAGAGUGUUUAUAAAAUGUAAAAGAUUGGAAAGAUAAUGCAUAUUGUUAAACAUAGUUAUAUAUAAAACCUAAUGGUAAUACUGUAUAGACAAAAUGGGACACAUAAUUUGAUGUUUUCGUUUUUGAUGUUUUAAAACCAUAUUUGUGUAAAUAAUGCAGAGAUAAUCAAUUUUCUAAUAUUGAUAGUAUAUUCUAACUAUUCUCUUAAUUGCAAUAAAGAUUUAAUUCUUUUUGUUAAAGCACUUAGGAUUAUUUUGAUUACUAUGAGUAGAUAAAUACUUGUUAUUUAUGUAAGUUGGAUAAUUGUCGAAGAUGUUCAAUAGAAAUGACAGGGAUAAAAUGUAUUAAAUGUCAAGGCAACUUACCAAUAAUAGAUGGAUUCUGUAAGCAUGUAAAGACGAAUUUACCAUUAUAUUCAAGUUGUAGAGUUCCUUAUUAUUAGAAUUCCCAAAAAGAAUGUUAAUUAUGUCCUAUAAAAUUUUGUAAAUAUUGUUUUGAAUAUAAUAAAAAUGAUUUGUAUAAAUCCACUUUAUAUGCUAAUUUUGAGAAAUUUGAGAUGGAUAAUUUUUUUGGAAUAGGAUGUGCUCUUUGUGAAGAAAAUUUUAUUUUUGAUUUUACAAUUGGAGAAUGCAUCAAAAGAAAACCUUCCUUACCUAAUUGCUUAAGGUCAUUUGUUAAUUUAGAGAAUUAAGAAAUAUGCACUUUAUCAUCUACUGAUUUUAGUAUAGCAUUAGAAAUUAUUAAUUGUGCUAAAUUAAUUCAAAAUUGUUUAUAAUGUGUUAUCACUCCUUGGUAGGAAAUUAAAUGCGUAAUUUGUAAAGUAGGGUUUACAGCUUCAGUCAGAAGAGGAAAUUGCUAUCCAAAUUUAUCGUUUAAUGCAAUAAUUGUCAUUGAUGGAGAUAAUAAAGAUUCUGAUGCCUGGGUUUAGAGAGUUCAAAGUUUCAUAAUGAAAUUUUUACCAAACAAGUAUUUUUAUUAACGAAAUUAUCUUCUGAUGGGCCCUCAAGAGAUGGAUUCAGAAUACUAAUAUUAAUAUGAAAUAGAAUGUAAGGAAGGAUACUAAACAAAUUACAUGUAUAGUUGUGUAAAUUAUUGCACUUCAGAAUGCUUGAAUUGCUUAGAGGAUGAGUGGUAUCACUAAUUCUACUGUGCAUAAUGCCCAUUAAAUUAUUACUUUGAACCUAUUCUUAAUUAAGAAGAAGGUUAAUGCAUUAGGUGUCCUGAAUUAUGUGAAAUUUGUGAAUAAAGAUCUAAAGAUGAAAUCUAAGUAAAUAUUGUAUUUAUUCUUUAGAAACUAAAUCCAUAUUUUUAGAUAACAAAUGAUAAUCGAAUGUAUUCUUAUAGAUNUUCAUGGUAAAUUAUUUAUUUAUAUAUAGUCCUUCAAUUAUUUCUGAUAAAUUAAUUACAUGUUUAGAGUGUUUAUAAAAUGUAAAAGAUUGGAAAGAUAAUGCAUAUUGUUAAACAUAGUUAUAUAUAAAACCUAAUGGUAAUACUGUAUAGACAAAAUGGGACACAUAAUUUGAUGUUUUCGUUUUUGAUGUUUUAAAACCAUAUUUGUGUAAAUAAUGCAGAGAUAAUCAAUUUUCUAAUAUUGAUAGUAUAUUCUAACUAUUCUCUUAAUUGCAAUAAAGAUUUAAUUCUUUUUGUUAAAGCACUUAGGAUUAUUUUGAUUACUAUGAGUAGAUAAAUACUUGUUAUUUAUGUAAGUUGGAUAAUUGUCGAAGAUGUUCAAUAGAAAUGACAGGGAUAAAAUGUAUUAAAUGUCAAGGCAACUUACCAAUAAUAGAUGGAUUCUGUAAGCAUGUAAAGACGAAUUUACCAUUAUAUUCAAGUUGUAGAGUUCCUUAUUAUUAGAAUUCCCAAAAAGAAUGUUAAUUAUGUCCUAUAAAAUUUUGUAAAUAUUGUUUUGAAUAUAAUAAAAAUGAUUUGUAUAAAUCCACUUUAUAUGCUAAUUUUGAGAAAUUUGAGAUGGAUAAUUUUUUUGGAAUAGGAUGUGCUCUUUGUGAAGAAAAUUUUAUUUUUGAUUUUACAAUUGGAGAAUGCAUCAAAAGAAAACCUUCCUUACCUAAUUGCUUAAGGUCAUUUGUUAAUUUAGAGAAUUAAGAAAUAUGCACUUUAUCAUCUACUGAUUUUAGUAUAGCAUUAGAAAUUAUUAAUUGUGCUAAAUUAAUUCAAAAUUGUUUAUAAUGUGUUAUCACUCCUUGGUAGGAAAUUAAAUGCGUAAUUUGUAAAGUAGGGUUUACAGCUUCAGUCAGAAGAGGAAAUUGCUAUCCAAAUUUAUCGUUUAAUGCAAUAAUUGUCAUUGAUGGAGAUAAUAAAGAUUCUGAUGCCUGGGUUUAGAGAGUUCAAAGUUUCAUAAUGAAAUUUUUACCAAACAAGUAUUUUUAUUAACGAAAUUAUCUUCUGAUGGGCCCUCAAGAGAUGGAUUCAGAAUACUAAUAUUAAUAUGAAAUAGAAUGUAAGGAAGGAUAUUAAACAAAUUACAUGUAUAGUUGUGUAAAUUAUUGCACUUCAGAAUGCUUGAAUUGCUUAGAGGAUGAGUGGUAUCACUAAUUCUACUGUGCAUAAUGCCCAUUAAAUUAUUACUUUGAACCUAUUCUUAAUUAAGAAGAAGGUUAAUGCAUUAGGUGUCCUGAAUUAUGUGAAAUUUGUGAAUAAAGAUCUAAAGAUGAAAUCUAAGUAAAUAUUGUAUUUAUUCUUUAGAAACUAAAUCCAUAUUUUUAGAUAACAAAUGAUAAUCGAAUGUAUUCUUAUAGAUGUAUUAGACCAAUUUCAAAUUAAAAUGUUGUAAUAGAUCCUUACUUUUAAAUUGCUAAAUAUUGUUUUACUCCAAAUUGCAAUUAAGAAUACACUUUUAAAUAGUCUAUAUUUGAAGAAAAUUCAGAUUAUAAAAUUGAUAUCCACUAUUGUAACUAAAUCGGAUUAUAAGUCUUAAAAUUUUAAAAUAACAUGGAAGAGGAAUAAAAAAGUUUAACCUAUUUAACCUAUAUAACUGAAUUAAAAUCAUAAAUUUUUAGCCUAAAAUUUCUGAAAACUGAAUUUAAUCUAUUUUACAAAUAGACUAAUUUUGAACUUAUAUCUGGUUUUGAUUCUAUAGAAAUCAAUAAUGCAUAUUUCAAAAUCGAAACUAAAUAUUUUGAAUUCAAAAAUAACAAUUAGAAAGUAGAUUUUAUCUUAAAUAACAUAAUAAUUGAACAAAAUGAAAUUAACAACAUAAAUUCUAUAUUUUAUUCAGAAUUAUUUGGAGAUAUUACUUUGAAUAACAUAACAAUUAUUAAUUCUAAUAUCUACAUGUCAUCAUUAUUUAAUUUUAAUUAAAAAUUGUAAUAAGGUACUAUAAAAAUAUAAAAAAUGACUUUUUUAAAUUGUUAAAUUGUUAAUUCACAAUUAUUUUAGUUUCUUAAUAAUUAAAUUUAAAUUUAAAUUGAAUAAUUGGUUAUUAAUAAAACCUUUUUUUCAAAUUCAUCUUUUAUAACUUUUUUUUCAAAUGUUGAUGAUAAAAGCAAUUUGAAAGUCAAAGAAAUAACAAUAACAUAAAGUUAAUUCCUUUAAUCAUUUAUUUUUAAUUGUACUAAUUUAUUAAAUAUUUAUAUAUAUAGUUUAAUUUUGGAUUAAAAUUCAUUAAUAUUUUCAACUAUUAUUGCAUUUAAUAAGAAUUUAACCUUAUUUUAAUCUUAAGCAAAUAAUAACAAUUUGAUUGAAUCAUAAUUUUUAAACACUCUAGAGACAGAAAGCAAGAAUAAGAUAUAUUGUUAAGUAGAAAAUUACAUAGCAAUCAAAAAUUAUUAUACAAAUUCUAGUCUAUUUUAGAUCUCAAUUGAAAACAUGUAUUUUCAAUUCAGAACAGUUAGAAUUGAACUAAACUAAGGAUAAACUAAUUAAUAUCUAGAAAUUGGUCUAUUUAAUAUCCAUAGUUUUCAGAUAGAUAUUGAGGAUGUUUACAUAGUUGAUUCAAAUUGGAUUAGUAUAUUCUAUUUUUUUGAGGUUUCUCAAAUAAUUGUAUCAAACAUAGUUUACCAAAAUCUGAAGAUUAAUAAUAAAGUUCCUUCUAAUUUAAAUUGUAUAGAUUUCAAAAAUUUUAAUUAUCAAUUGCUCUUAAUUUCUGGAUAUUCAAUUGUUACCCUUAAAAAUAUCACAGCUAUUAAAUUAUUUACAAUUGAUUAAUCAUUAAUAGAAAUAUCAUCAACUAGAAAAAAAUGGAAUAAUAUGCCUUCAAGUAUAGAAUUAAAAAAUUUGAAAUUUAUAGAGAAUUUAAUAUUGCAUUAGUAUCAAUCCAAUUAUUUCUCAUUGAUCUAUGUAAAUUCUGAACAUAAUAAUAACAUUUAGAUAUAAAAUGUUUUUUUUUUAAAUAAUAUCAUUCAUUAAUAAACAGAUGAUCUUUAAGAUUCAUCAGCAGCAUUAAUUCAUCUAGAAUCAUUUAAAGGAUUUAUUAUAAUAAAUAAUCUCUACUGUUCUUAAAAUGCUCUGACUAAUUCAUCAAAUUCAUUUAUUUUUUUAAAAUCUGAAAUCAUCAAAUUAACAAAUUAUACUGUUUCAAAACAUAAUAUACUACCUUUAGAAUUAUGGAAGUUAUAUUAUGAUUUAUAAUUAGGAAAUGAUUAACAUAAAUAUGAUUAGGAAUAAAUAAAUAUAAUCAUAUAAUAAACUUUUAAAAUAAAGAAUAAAUGUGGUGCUGGUUAAAUAACCGCAUCUACAUUUUCUUGCUUAAAUUGUUAUUUUGAGGAUAUUAUUGCAUUAAAAAGUUCUGUAUUUGAAAUAGAAACUUAAGGAGAGGGAAAUAUCUAAUUAAGAAAUUUAACAAUAAUUUCUUCAGAAUAUGAUCUAAGUUAAAUAACAGAUAGUUCAGGUUGUAUUACUAUUUAUUCAUCUAAUAGUUUACUUAAUUUAUAAAUCAUUAAUGCAUCAUUUAAUAAUAUUUUUAAUCGUUUAUCAGCAUCAAUUUUUACACUAAUCCCAUCUUUUAAAAAAAAUUAAAUUUUAAUUGAAGAUGUGAUAAUUAAAAAUUGUAUUUCAUUGAAAAAUCCAAUAAUUAAUAUAUUAUUUUCAACAUAGAAUAUUAAUUCAAAUAAAGUGGUUAUCAAAAAUGCAAAUAUCAACUUUUAGGAAAAUACUUGGAUCAAAUAUUUUUAAAAGACUGGGAUGCUAAAUGAAAUUUAAAUAUUAGAUAUAACAAGCACCUCUAAUGCUUUAAUUCAAUUACAAAAUUGCAAUGUCGUUUUAUAUCAGGUAAUUAUAUAAGGUCUUUUUAGUUGCCCUUUAAUUAAAUUGAUAAAUGUAUCAUAUUUAUUAAUUUCAUAAUUAUGGGCAAUUGAAAUUAAAUUAUUUUAUGGUUUCAAUCUUUUAGAAUUGAAUUAAGAUUUAUCAAUAAAAUAAACAAUAAAUAUUAAAAAAGGAAAUUUUUAACGCAUUAAAAUUUAUGAAGUUAUUAAUAAUUCAAUCUAUUAAACUUCUAAAAUAAAUUAUGUGAUCUAAGGAUGUUUUGUAAUUGAAAAAUAAUAACAAUAAUCGACUUAUUCUUUUGAUUAAAUUAUUAAACUUUUUUAAAUCCUCCCAGAAAGCAAGUUCAAUAAUUUAAUUUCAAUUUAAUUCAAAUAAUACUAUUUUUCAUAUUUAAAAUUUAAUCCUACAUGA